GCUGCACAGCCCUGACAAGCUCACUUGUUCCUGUCUUUAAUGUGCAAUCUGUUUUCUCCAGCGGAGGGCACUCAGUGUAUCACAAACUCGAGCAUUAGCACCAACCAGCUCUGAGCACCAUCAGUCUCUGGAAAGCCUUCUGAAUUAGACAAGGGCUGCCUCUCAGCACAGCUACAAAACACUUUCAACCUGACCAGCUAAAUGGAUAAACCUAGCCUGCAUAGCUUUUAAACUGGGGUCUCGUACAGCACAGGCGGCCUGCUUGCUUCAACAGCUGAAAAAUCCUGAGGAUGAAUUGCUUUAUCUGGGAAUGGCAAAAGCCCGCACAAUAAGGAAUGCCAGGUUUCCGUCUAAUCACGCAGCUGAAAGGCAUGAGUGUGUUUCUGGUGCUAUUUCCCACCCUGCUGCUGGUUAUGCUGACGGGGGCUCAGAGAGCUUGCCCAAAGAACUGCAGAUGCGAUGGCAAGAUUGUAUACUGUGAGUCUCACGCCUUCGCAGACAUCCCUGAGAACAUUUCUGGAGGGUCACAAGGUUUAUCCUUAAGGUUCAACAGCAUUCAGAAACUCAAAUCCAAUCAGUUUGCCGGCCUUAACCAGCUUAUAUGGCUUUAUCUUGACCAUAAUUACAUUAGCUCAGUGGACGAAGAUGCCUUUCAAGGGAUCCGCAGACUGAAAGAAUUAAUUCUAAGCUCCAACAAAAUUACCUAUCUGCACAAUAAAACAUUUCACCCAGUCCCCAACCUCCGCAACCUGGAUCUCUCCUACAACAAACUUCAGACCUUACAGUCUGAGCAGUUUAAAGGCCUCCGGAAACUCAUCAUUUUGCACUUGCGAUCUAAUUCUCUCAAGACCGUGCCCAUACGGGUUUUUCAAGACUGCCGGAACCUUGACUUUCUGGAUUUGGGUUAUAAUCGGCUCCGAAGCUUAUCCCGAAACGCGUUUGCCGGUCUUCUGAAGUUAAAAGAGCUCCACCUGGAGCAUAAUCAGUUUUCAAAGAUCAACUUUGCUCAUUUUCCUCGUCUCUUCAACCUGCGAUCCAUCUACCUGCAAUGGAACAGGAUCCGCUCUGUCAGUCAAGGCCUAACAUGGACCUGGAGUUCCUUGCACACCUUGGAUUUAUCAGGGAAUGACAUCCAAGCAAUCGAGCCUGGCACAUUUAAAUGCCUCCCCAAUUUGCAAAAAUUGAAUUUGGAUUCCAACAAGCUCACCAAUGUCUCCCAGGAGACUGUCAAUGCAUGGAUAUCCUUAAUAUCCAUCACCUUGUCUGGAAACAUGUGGGAAUGUAGUCGGAGCAUCUGUCCUCUAUUCUACUGGCUGAAGAAUUUCAAAGGGAAUAAAGAAAGUACCAUGAUAUGUGCAGGGCCUAAGCACAUACAGGGUGAGAAGGUUAGCGAUGCCGUGGAGACUUACAACAUCUGCUCUGAUGUCCAGGUGGUCAACACAGAACGAUCACAUCUGGCGCCUCAAACUCCCCAGAAGCCCCCGUUCAUCCCCAAACCUACCAUCUUCAAACCGGAUGCAGUCCCAGCCACCCUAGAGGCAGUGAGCCCAUCCCCGGGCUUUCAAAUUCCAGGUACGGAUCAUGAGUACGAGCACGUGUCGUUUCACAAAAUCAUCGCAGGGAGCGUGGCUCUGUUCCUCUCCGUGGCCAUGAUUCUCCUGGUGAUCUAUGUGUCUUGGAAACGGUACCCAGCCAGCAUGAAACAACUCCAACAGCACUCACUUAUGAAGAGGAGACGGAAAAAGGCGAGGGAGUCGGAGAGACAGAUGAAUUCCCCUUUACAGGAAUACUACGUGGACUACAAACCGACGAACUCUGAGACCAUGGAUAUAUCGGUUAAUGGAUCUGGUCCCUGCACAUAUACCAUCUCUGGCUCCAGGGAGUGUGAGGUCAAGUCUGCAGGCACUCUGUAUUGGUCAAAGCAAAUGGAAAUCGGGAAGCAAGGAUGUCCAAUACCAAGACACCCCCGGCGUGCAGAGGUGACAGUGUGAGUCUGUGCAGGAGAGCAGAAGUUCUUUGACUGACACACAGGGUGAUUCCUACACUCUGGGGUUUAUACAAAAUAAGGAGAUAUGAAUUAUAAAAUAUUCUCUUUCAUACACACACACACAUACAUACACAUGUAUGUAUGUAUAUAUAUAUGUAUAUAUAUAUUCAAUUUGUUCUUAUAGUAUAACAUUUUUUUUCUUUUUUAUUAGGUAUUUAUUUCAUUUACAUUUCCAAUGCUAUCCCAAAAGUCCCCCACACGCUCCCCCACCCACUCCCCCACCCACCCACUCCCACUUCUUGGCCCUGGCGUUCCCCUUUACUGAGGCAUAUAAAGUUUGCACGACCAAUGGGCCUCUCUUUCCACUGAUGGCCACAUAGGCCAUCUUCUGAUACAUAUGCAGCUAGAGACAUGAGCUCCAGGGGGUACUGGUUAGUUCAUAUUGUUGUUCCACCUAUAGGGUUGCAGAUCCCUUUAGCUCCUUGGGUACUUUCUCUAGCUCCACCAUUGGGGGCCCUGUGAUCCAUCCAAUAGCUGACUGUGAACAUCCACUUCUGUGUUUGCUAGGCCCUGGCAUAGUCUCACAAGAGACAACUGUAUCUGGGUCCUUUCAGCAAAAUCUUGUUAGUGUAUGCAAUGGUGUCAGCGUUUGGAAGCUGAUUAUGGGAUGGAUCCCCGGAUAUGGUAGUCUCUAGAUGGUCCAUCCUUUCGUCUCAGCUCCAAACUUUGUCUCUGUAACUCCUUCCAUGGGUGUUUUGUUCCCAAUUCUAAGAAGGGACAAAGUGUCCACACUUUGGUCUUCGUUCUUCUUGAGUUUCAUUUGUAUAACUUUUUAUAACUGAAAGCUAUAUGUGUUAUAAGCCAGCUAUGGCAGUACAUGUCUGAAUCAGGCACUAAAGAGAUGGAGGCAGGGAGAACAGAAGUUCAAAUUCAUUCUCAGAAACAUGAUGAGUUCAAACUCAGUUUAGACAAGAUUAUGCUCUGUACAUAUACAUUUAACACACACAUGUUUAUUUUGAAUUUUAUAAUAAAGGUUUAUAAGCUACUGGUUUACUCUGUAAUACCUUUAAAAAUCUAUUGUAAUUACUUCCUUUUAGGUAUUGAUGCAGUGUUCAGCAUGAAUUUAAUGCAUUAUCACGAUGUAGGGAAACUUUGGUUAUUGCUUAUUUACAUUUUACUAAGCUGGACGAUAAGGCACCUCCUCCGUUACAAAAAAAAAAAAAAAAAAAAAAAAGCAGCAGCCUUGUACUAUUUACUGGUUACUUCCUGUCUGAUUUACAGAGGUAGUGUUCCUCAGGGAGUCUUGAAAACUGUUAAGGAUGUUUUGCAAUUUCAAGAUUUAAAUAGUCUGUAAGAACACUGCAUGUGCCACAUCCUAUUUGUCUGUGUCUUCAUGUCACUACAAGGACCCACACGCCUCUUCAUAUCUACGAUUACACUCCAUGCUUUUUUGAAAUGCUUUAUUUUAAUUUUUAAAUGUGUUUGAAAAAGAGAUCUUUGUUUGUCUGUUUAUUUCAAGACAGUGUCUCACUAUAUAGCUCUGGCUGUCCAGAGUGACCUCAAACUACCUGCCUUUGCCUCCCAAGUGUGUAGUAAAGGUGUGUGCCACUAAGCCCUGUUGGGAUGAGACUUUUCUAUGAAUAUAGUAUCAACUGUAUGUAAUUCAGUCAAUGUUUCAUAUGUUACCUAAUGAAUUUACAUGGGCUAUAUUUGGGUAUAAGUUUUAAUAAACAAGUAUGCUAGAUCUCUUUAUUAACUAGUUAUUAACCUUUAGGGAUGAAUGGCUAGGAUGUUGUCUCCUCAAUAUGAUCUGUUUUCAUUGAUUAAUCUUUAUUUGUCUUAAAAUUUAUUUUAGCAUGGUUACUGAUUUUGUAUAUAUAGUAUUUUAAAUUGCUUGCUUUUCAUCCUAUUUUAAAAUUAUUUAUUUUCAACAAAAAUAAUUAUUGUUCUCUUUGCUGCUGUUGACCAUUCUGUGAGGUGUGUGCAUGUGCAAAUGUGUGUGUAGUGUGUGUGUGUGUGUGUGUGUGUGUGUGUGUUUGUGUGUGUGUAGUGUGUGUGUGUGUGUGCAUGUGGUAUGUUUGUGUGUGUGUAGUGUGUGUGUGUGUGUGUGUGUGUGUGUGCGCGUGUGGUAUGUUUGUGUGUGUGUAGUGUGUGUGUGUGUGUGUUUGUGUGUGUGUAGUGUGUGUGUGUGCAUGUGGUAUGUUUGUGUGUGUGUGGUGUGUGUGUGUGUGUGGUAUGUUUGUGUGUGUGAUUUUGUGUGUGUGUGUGUAUGAGUGUGUGUGUUCAGAGACUAGAAGCCAACUUUAGACAUUAUUUGUAAGAUUCCAUUAACUUUGGAUGUCUGCUUUCUGGUGAGUGCCUCUCCUGAAUCCACGUCUCCAUCCUCCCAACACACAACAAUUAUAACUGGGUUCUGGGGAUCAAAAUGUCAACUGCCAUGAUUGCAUCGAAAGCAUUUUACUCAAUCAGCUGUCCCCAAAGUCCUCUGUGAGACUUAAUUCUUGGUCAAACUUAUACAAUCACCUUGCCAAUUGGGAAAUAAAAUUGUUCAAUAAUCUUGCCAUGUACUGCUCUGACUGACAGUCUCCCACAGGAUGCAUACGUUAGGUAAGACAGAUCAUGCACCUUGAUUCUGUUCUUAUCGUCACUGUUUCCGGAUGCCCUAGGAAGAAAUCACACAUUAUCACACUUGACACCCAUCUUGAUAGUACCCUUAAAAUUCUGAAUGCUGUGUAUAUUUAUUAUUCAUUCCAUCUUUGUUGGGUAAAUAAGACUGUUUUGCAAAAAGCACGAUGAUGACUGUAGAUGUUCUUUCAGGCCUGACAUUUAGUCUGUCUUCAUUGUGCAUGCAUGUGCAUGUGUGUGCGCGCGCGCGCGUGUGUGUGUGUGUGUGUGUGUGUGUGUGUGUGUGUGUGUGUUGAUAAAUAUAACCACUGCCAACAUUGAAUAUGAGUUUCUGUUAUUGCAAAAUUGCAUUUAUCUUAGGUAAUUAAUUACUAAGUGUGAAAUUACAAAUUCAUUUUGGCAAACAUUUUUCAUUAAAGAAAACUACUAUUGUUUCCUGAGCAACUUUGUCAUUUUUCCUCAUUCCCAGUAGUAAUUAUUAGUCCACAUCAUCAUUAUAUUCUUGCCAACGGUAGUGAUUAUUUUCCUAGAAGGUGAUCAUAGAGAUAACUUUGUGCCUUCAGUUUGUAUUACUGCACAGGCUAUAGAGACUGAUCAUCUUUUAAUGGGCUUCCUAGCCAACUCCGUAUUGUUUUACAUGAGUGCUAUGAGUUUUCUCUGCAAAUGUUCUGCCCACUCUUUCUUUCUUGAGGGUUACUUGGUUUCCGCGUUAUUUUUCACAAUUAGGAUGAAUAUAUUAGCUUUUUCCCAAUAAUAAUUGUUACAUAAUAUACUUUCUAUGAAUAAGUAUUUGCUGAACAAACACAUCAGUAGAUUACAAUUCUCUGGUAUAUGACAAUCACACCCAUGGUAUUUCCCCUAGAAUUAGUUUAUUCCUCUUCCUGCUUUUCCUUCUCUUCCUCCUCUUUCAUCUCCUUUCCUUGCUUUUUCUCCUCCUUUUCCUGCUCCCCUUUCUACUCUCCUUCCUCUUUCCCUUCCUCCUCCCUAUCCCCCUUUCUCCUCCUUCUUCCCGUUCCUCCUCCUGCUUCUCCUCCUCCUCCUCCUUCUCUACUUCUUUUCAUAUAUUUUGACCUGUUUUGAAAAAUUCAAAAGUUACCCAAAUGUACCUAGGCAGGUAUAACUAAAACUGCAAUCUGAAUUUAAAUAAGAAAAAA